AUGUUAUUUUUUUCUUCUUCCGUUUGUCUAACCUGUCGACCCCCUUUUUUUCUUUUUCUUCCAUUCUUCUUUUUUCUUACCGAUUUCUUCAUUUACUUGCUUGUUUUUUUUCACUUUUUUCUUUAUUUCCUUCUUUCUUUCACCACAUGUUGCCUAUUUCUUUCUUUCUUUCGCCACAUGUUACACUUUUCCUUCAUUCUUUCUUGUGAUCAAUUCACUUCUUUCCUUCUUUUCUUUAGAUCAAACGAAUCAUUUUUUCAUUCUUACUUAAAUUCUUUCUUUCUUUCUUUCUUCUUAGUUCAAAAUUUUCCUCUUUUUCUUUUAUUUUCACGAAUUAUUUUAAUUCUCUACUUUUUUCAUUAUUUCUUCUCAGUUCAUUUUUUUUAUUUUCUUCUCACGAGUCAUUUUUCAUUCUUUUUUUCUUUCUUAACUCAUUUUCUUUUUCCUUUUAUUCUCAUUUUUUCUUUCUUAAAAAGAAAUUCUUUAUUCAUAAUUUUUUAUUAUUUAUUUUAUUCAAGAGAGUCAUUUUCUUUUUUUUUUUUUUUUUUACUUUUUCUUCUUAGUUCAUUAUUUUCUCUUUUAUAUUCUCACAAAUAA